AAAGCUUAACUAAAAGUGAAAAGAACAAGAUCACAAUGUUCAUAAAGUUAGUUUUAAGUUUUGAUUUAUUCGUACCUUUUACGCGUAUUGGUUGGUUGCAUUGCAUACCCUCGAUUUCGGUAUCCAGGUAAAUAUUCGGGUCGGGGUGUACCCAGAAAUAUAUCGAACCAAACCAACGCCCUCUGAUUUCAACCAAAUCGCAACUGUGGACAGAAUAUUGCAAUUCCAAGAAAAUUACCCAAUCAAAUUCUGUACUACCCAAACCCCAAAAACUGGGGAACGUCACUUCCACUUCCCGGCGCUCCCGCAGCCACCGGAGAUCCACGGCGAUGGCCGCCACCGCCUCUUCCGCCGCAGCCAAACCCCGCCCUUCCUUGAAAGUCUCGGCCGAUGCUCCGCCUCCGAAACUCGCCCUCACCCCCGACCAGUACAAGUACUGCUCUCAGGCUCUCAAGCUCUUCAAAGAAAAGCUCCAGAUGCCUGACCAUAUCAAACAGGAGUUCGCUCAGCUACAGGCCAAGAGGAUUACAUUAUCUGAGAUGAAGAGGAACUGCACUGUGGCUCUUGACAGUGUCAAUUCCGGCAAAAACCGAUACACUGAUGUCGUACCAUUUGACAAAAAUAGGGUUGUUCUCAACUCCUGUAAGGAUUACAGACCUUCUGCGAGGGGCUACAUCAACGCCAGCUUAAUCGCGACUAGUUCAUCCGAAAGCAUUUCUCGAUUUAUAGCAACACAAGGUCCACUUCCGCACACAUAUGAGGAUUUCUGGGAGAUGGUACUUGAGCAACGCUGCCCGGUGGUCAUCAUGCUUACUCGCUUAGUUGACUGUUACACGAUGGUUAAAUGUGGAGAUUAUUUUCAGGCUGAAGAUGGCCCUAGGGAAUUCGGUAACAUAUGCAUAAGCACCAAGUGGCUAAGAACUACUGACACUUCAUUAGUGUUGCGCCUUUUGGAGGUUAACUCCAAAGAGUCCGAAGAACCACCCAUGUCUGUUUUGCAUAUUCAGUAUCCUGAAUGGCCUGACCAUGGAGUUCCAAAGAACACAUUUGUGGUCCGUGAAAUCUUGAAAAGAAUAUAUCAAGUACCACCAAACCUUGGCCCAAUUGUGGUGCAUUGCAGUGCAGGUAUUGGGAGAACUGGAACAUACUGCUCAAUUCAUAAUGCAGUACAAAGAAUUCUUGCUGGGGACAUGUCUGCUUUAAAUCUUGUUGAUACAAUAACCACAUUUAGGUCUCAGCGAAUUGGAAUGGUCCAGACACUGGUAACUUCUUCCUCAUUUGUCUAAAUAUCCACUGUUAAUUAUUCUUUUUAAGGCUUAAACCAGAACUGCCAAACGAUUACCAAUAACAUUUCGUCGCGCCAUUCACUGCAUGCAAUUAUUAUUAUUUUUGGCAGCUUUGAGAGUAGAAUAGAACACUGUCGAAAACUUAACUAGAUGCCAAGUAGGUAUUUGAUAAUUAUAUGAAUUACCCAGUUCCUAUCUUGCAGUAAUGCAAAUUGGAAACUCCCCUUGGACUUAAUUGCAGACAAAACUGAAGAGAGUAAAAUAAUCAUAAUGCACAUGCUAUAAACCACACCCUAUAUUUAUAAAUAGGGUGCGGCAAGGCUAGGGAAACAUAGAGAAAAGCUAGAGACAGCUGAGAGGGAUAAAGGGUGAUUAGUUCUAGGGUUUUGCAAAAGUGCUGCAACUCUAUUAUUAAUCAAAGAAGCCAUGGUUUCUCUACUCAGGGAAAUCACAGUUGCAUGUAGGCAAAAGUUCUGCCGAACCAAUAUAAAUCUUGUUUGUUUCUAGUUCUUCUCUAAUUUGCUAAGUUUAGUCAAUUGCCACCUGAUACAUCAAAGAGCAAGAUCCAGAGAGUCAGAAUUAUAACAUUUAGGUCUUAUUGGAAAUUUUUAAUUCAUAAAAUUUGAUAGCAAAUGUCACUGAUAUUUCAGAAUACUGGUUUGUUUUGUUGUAAAGAAUAAUAUUUUAGGUUACUGUUUUCUGUCACUAUGU